AUGCAAGCAGUACAAAAUGCAGUUCUCGAGGGAUGGCCAAAGAACAAAGCUAAUGCACAAGCAGAGGUUAAGCCGUUUUAGACAUGUAAAGAUGAAAUUUCCUGUGUUGAUGGCCUCCUCUUCAAGGGAAACAUAUUAAUUGUUCAAGGGAUCGUGAAAUGCAAACAACGUGCAAGAGACCUCCUCUACUGGCCGGGAAUGACAAGCCAAAUCGAGGAUAAAGUUUCCAAGUGUCAAGUUUGCUGUCAAUGCCAGAAAGCGCAAGCAAGAGAGCCCAUGAUAACUAGCAAGAUCCCUGACCGCCCCUGGGCGAAAAUUUGUGCGGAUCUAUUUGAACAUAACAAGACACAUUACCUAUUAAGUGUUGACUACCACUCCAAGUGGAUUGAAAUUGCCAAACUGGAUAACCAAAGCAGCCAGAAUACCAUCACUUACCUCCAAAGUCAGUUUUCCAGAUAUGGUAUACCAGAUCAGUUAGUGAGUGAUAAUGGUCCCCAAUUCAUAAGCGCAGAAUUCGCAGAGUUUUCUACGAAAUAUGGGUUCACUCACAUCACAUCAAGUCCUCAUUACCCGCAAGCAAACGGCGAGGCAGAGAGAGCCGUGCAGACCGUGAAGGGUCUUAUCACCAAAGCCAAAGAUCCAUACCAGGCAUUGAUGAACUAUCGAAACACCCCACUGGAAGAAAUAAACCAGUCUCCAGCACAACUAAAGAUGGGUCGCAGACUGAAAACCGGUCUCCCAACAGCAGCGCCACUUCUGAAAUCUCGAGCAUCCGAUGAAGUUCAGCGAAUUCAGAAGAAACAGAAGGAGAAACAAAAGCAAUACUAUGACAAGCGCACAGGAAAAGAAUUACCACCACUUCAACCAGGAGAGGCAGUACAAAUGAAACAUGGGGAGAAAUGGAUUAAGGCCAAAGUUAUAUACACAAGCACCAGCCACCAAGAUCAUAUGUCAUUGAAAGUGAACAAAAGCAAAAGUAUCGAAGAAACCGCCGUCACCUGCGUUCCAGUAAACUAUCAGAGAAAGAACAGAGGAGUGAUGUUAAACAUGUAAACACCAAAGAGCCGAGC